GGUACACCCCCAGCCAGGGUGGGUGGGACCACCGAACCAAAACACGGCUCAGAGCUGGUCACGUACCCGCAGCGCAGCGCUGUGGCACAGAGCAGUCGAGCCCCCUGGAGAGCCAGUGGCCACCGUGCCCAUCCUGCCCCUGCCCUGCUUUCACGGGGUGGCAUGGCACCGGGCAGGAGGGACGCGUGCCGUGGGCACGCGGGGGCAGUGGGAACAUGUGCCACAGCCCAGGCUGCCCUCUGCAAGGCCACGGCCGGACACCGGCAGCUGCUGCUGCAGCUCGGGGGGAGCGGCGACUGCCCUCGGCUGCGUGAGGAGCGACGCAGGAGGAGCGCAGAGGCCCGUGAGCUCAGCAUGGGGCUGCGGCGGAUGCUGCUGGCGGGGCUGCGGCAGGGCCCGGCGAGCCCUCUGGAGCGGCAGGAGCUGGAGCGGCUGUGGGUGCUCUUCCUCUCCGCCCUGGAGCUCUUCCUGCAGGACCUGUACAGAGCCCAGCACCUCUGCCAGCUCUUCUCCAUGCAAAGGGGUGGUGUUGCCCCGCUGUGCACUGGGCUGGGGGGCUGGGGGCUGCCCAGCCGGAGAGGAGGGGGUCCCACACAGCCCCCAGCCGCCCAGAGCUUGGAGGAGGAGAUCGAGCAGGUGAGGGCCACGCUGGCAGAGAUGGAGAGCGGAGCCAACAUUCCACCGUGGACAGUGGAAGCCACAGAAACCACACAGCCAGCAGAGACAAACGGCACCACAGAGAGAGCAGCCUGGGGAGGCCCCUGUGCUGGGCACUGCUGUGGGGCGCUGUGAG